AUGUCGACCACGACACUACCCGUCUUGUUACCGCCGGGCAUACUGAAAACGGAGUCUGAGGCUGGCCCGUCUGAAUGGAAGCCGAAGAAAUACUUGCAACAUCCCACUCCGCCACCUCCGGAUGAAAACAGGAUGGAUAUGGAGGCAGCCGUUGCCCGUGGACAAGUGGACCCGAAGGCUCUCAAGAAAUUGCGCCCUAGAAGAACAGUGGAUUACGCUGGCGAGAUGGGCCGCUGGAAUCUGUUAAGGAGACAGCAUACGAGCCUACGAACCCUGCCAUACAUGCGACCCAGUCCGCCGGAUAUUAUCAACCUUUAUGCGCCGAAAGCGUAUCCCGGCAAUCCAUCUACUUCUUUGUGCACUAAGUUUGUCCACACGUCAACAAACAAGAUACGUUGUCCAGUGAACGUAGUAACUUGGACGCCUGAGGGUCGUCGGGUCUUGACUGGCUCAACAAGCGGCGAGUUCACAUUAUGGAACGGCCUGACGUUCAACUUCGAGACAAUCUUGCAGGCGCACGACAACGCCAUUCGCGCAAUGCGCUUCUCACAUAGUGGCUUGUAUAUCGCCAGCGCCGACCAGUCCGGGAUCAUCAAGUACUUCCAGCCCAAUAUGAACAACCUGACUGCCUGGCAAGGGCAUCGUGAGGCCAUCCGCGGACUCUCGUUCAGCCCGGACGACUCGCGUUUCGUGACGGCCAGUGACGACUCUUCGAUAGCGCUCUGGUCAUUCGAGACGCAGGAGAGGGAGCGGGUUCUCACAGGACACGGAUGGGACGUCCGAUGUGUCGAGUGGCACCCUUACAAGGGUCUUCUCGUAUCCGGCAGCAAGGACAAUACUAUCAAGUUUUGGGAUCCUCGGACCGCCACGGCGUUAACGUCAUUGCGUACGCACAAAAAUACCGUACAAGCAGUGUCAUGGUCCCCGAGCGGGAAUAUGGUGGCGAGCGCCUCUCGAGAUCAGACCAUCCGCGUAUUCGACAUUCGAGCAAUGAAGGAGCUUUGUGUGCUCCGAGGGCACAAGAAAGAGGUUUGCUCUAUCGCCUGGCAUCCCGUACAUCCCGUCUUGGUCUCCGGAGGGUCCGAGGGCGCGGUCAUUCAUUGGGAUAUCUCGGUUCCUGCGCCUGUUCCAUCGCACGCGCCGCCGCAUGCGGGUACGCGCCUUGGGCCGACUGCGAGCGCGCAACAGACACCACAAUAUGGUCCGCGAGCUGUCAACGAGGACGCCCACGAUUCGAAUGUGUGGUCACUUGCUUUUCAUCCGCUCGGGCAUCUGCUCGUUACCGGGUCAAACGACCAUGCGACGCGCUUCUGGUCGCGCGAGCGUCCUGGCGAGGGCGAUGCCGGUGACUCCAUACCUACUGCAGAGGGCGAUCAGGAGGACUACGAUGAGGACAUGUCUAUACUACCAGGCCUCGGUAUGGGCGGCGACGAAAACUGGGAUCAACAACAGCAACCAGACGCCGAUGAGGACGGGAUCCCUGGCUUCGGAGGCGCAGCGGCCGGUGCGGCCGUUGCUCCCCGUCAGAUGGGACCACUCCCCAGCCAGGAAGAGAUGUUCCCGAAUGAUCCGCCAUUCCGUGGUGGUGGCUCUGGGCGUGGUCGCGGUCGCGGGGGAGGAGGCGGAGGGGAAGGAGGGGACGACUGGUAUCCUUCUGGUGGCCAGCGUGGCGGAGGGCGGGGUUCGCGUUGGGGCCCCGGAGGUGGCGGACGCGGGGGUCGUCACUAG